GAUUUCAGGAGUAGGGUUAGUUGCGAUUAGCGGGAUAAUAGAAGAAAAGGUAUUAAAACGCGAUUUUAGCCUUAGGGGAAAAUUUUGAGAAUCGAAAGCGAGAGGUGGCGCGGCUCGGCGGGAGAAAGGAUUUUCCAGAAAGCAUCGGGGCGAGGAACUGCGUUGUUGAAUUGGGUGGGAAUGGAUAUUGGAGCAAGUAUCGAGAGCUCGGGGGAGGCGAAGAAAUCUAAAUCGAAAACACCCAGGAAGUCUAAAGAUGCACAGCUUCUCAAGCAGAAAUCUCCAGCCGAGUUCUUUGCUGAUAACAAGAAUAUUGCUGGAUUUGACAAUCCAGGAAAAUGUUUGUACACUACAGUGAGAGAGCUUGUAGAAAACGCACUUGAUUCAGCUGAGUCAAUCUCUGAACUUCCCUUCAUAGAAAUAACAAUUGAAGAAAUUGGGAGAAGCAAGUUCAACUCCAUGAUUGGUCUAGCUCAUCAUGAACGUGUUGAUGAAGCACUGUAUGAUGAUUUUGAGACAGCUAAGGCUCGGGAGAAAAGACUUGCCAAGGAAGCUCGUCUUCAAGAGAUUCAGGCAAAGAAUGCUGCUCUUGGGAAGAAAGGCAAAGCACCGGCUGCAGCAAAGCCGGUAAAAAGUCGUGAAGCCUCUUAUUACAGGGUCACUUGUAAGGACAAUGGAAGAGGAAUGCCACAUGAUGAUAUCCCAAAUAUGUUUGGACGAGUUCUCUCCGGAACAAAGUAUGGCUUGAAACAGACGCGUGGAAAAUUUGGACUUGGUGCAAAGAUGGCACUCAUUUGGUCGAAAAUGAGCACAGGGCUUCCCAUUGAGAUCCUUUCAUCAAUGAAGAGCCAGGGUUUUUCAUCAUUUUGCAGACUUGAUAUAGAUAUCAAUAAGAAUAUUCCUCACAUUCAUGUACAUGAAAAAAGAGAGAACAAAGAAAAGUGGCACGGAGCUGAAAUCCAGAUAGUGAUCGAGGGAAAUUGGACAACAUAUCGUUCCAAAAUACUGCACUACAUGCGCCAAAUGGCUGUGAUUACACCAUAUGCACAAUUUCUUUUCAAGUUUCUCUCGGAAUCUCCUGAUAAAAAUGUCACUGUAAGAUUUGCAAGGAGAACAGAUAUUAUGCCUCCAGCUCCUCUUGAGACCAAAUACCAUCCGUCAGCAGUGGAUUUGCUUCUGAUAAAAAGACUUAUUUCAGAAACAUCAAAACAAAAUUUGUUGCAGUUUCUUCAACAUGAAUUUGUGAAUGUUGGUAAAGCCCAUGCCGAGCGUUUAAUUGGGGAAAUGGGUACAGAUUUUAGUCCAAAAAUGCCGGUUAAAUCUCUAACCGCUCAGCAAAUUGUCCGCAUACAUCAGCUGUUUCGUCAAGCGAAAUUUGAUGACCCCAGCGGAGAGUGUCUUAGUCCUGCCGGAGAAUACAAUCUACGAUUAGGGAUUAUAAAAGAGCUGCAUCCAGAUAUGGUUGCCACCUACUCGGGAAGCGCACAAGUUUUUGAAGGCCAUCCUUUCAUGGUCGAAGCAGGGCUUAGUUUGGGCGGAAAAGAUGUGAAACAAGGCCUAAAUAUCUUUCGAUUCGCUAACCGUAUUCCACUUCUUUUCGAGCAAGGAGCUGAUGUUGUCACCAGAACUGCUGUAAAGAGAAUAAACUGGAACAAUUACAAAAUCAACCAGACACAAGACAAGAUCGGCGUCUUUGUGAGCAUAGUAAGCACCAAAAUUCCUUUCAAAGGAACCGGGAAGGAGUACAUUGGCGACGACAUCACAGAAAUAGCUUCUGCUGUCAAGACUGCGAUUCAACAAUGUUGCAACCAGCUAAAGAUGAAAAUAGUGAAACGAAUACAGGCCCGUGAGCAGCAAGAGAGAAAACGAAGCUUAAACAGGUACAUCCCGAGCGCCACAGGUGCUAUAUAUGGGGUACUAAAAGAAAUGUCACGAUCUCACGCCUCCAAGAAAAGACGGAUUGAAGACAAGGAUGAAGACUUGUUGAGACAAGUUUCGGCUAAGUUAGUGACAGAAGAAACUUUGCGGGAAAAGCUUGCCGAGCAUGUUGAACAGGUCGACUAUGAGAUGGCACUGGAAUACGCGACCCACGCCGGCGUUAAUGAAGAACCCAGGGAAGAUAUAUACAUCCCAGCACUGGAAGGUGAGUAUAAAUUUACAGAUUUUUACAGCCCUGUGUUUGUGUUCAGAUUGGUACAUUAAUACAUACAUAUAUUCAUCAUCCCUUCCUUUCUUGCCGUUUCUGUACUGCAUUCAUGGUUGUAAAAGACGAUCAAUAUGAUUAUGAUUGUGAUUAUGAUCAACAGCACUGUAUUAUUAUU